UCAUCAUGUAAGCAGCAGCAACAACAAUCAUCUUCUUAUUCAUCAUCUAUAUCUUCAUCUACUCCUUCAUUGACUCGUGUAAAUGAAAGAUUAAAUUUUAUAAAAAAAGAAAUUCAAGAUAUUGAAGAUGAAAAAAUGACUCUGGAGCAAAAAGCAUUACAACGAUACAGUGCCUCGAGAAUCAUUGACUUAAGUUCGUCGAUGAAAGAUUAUUUCACUGAAGAUGAACAAAAAAAAAUGAAAUGUUCAAUAAAUAUCGAUGAAUUCAAAACUUCAACUAAUAACUUCAUUAUGGAUAUUGAAAAAUUAAUAGAUCAAGGCGAAACCAACCAAGCAUAUCUUAGAUGUUUAGAUACUCAUAUUCACUCAGAAAUAAACACAGAACUAUAUAAGAUAUCUAAAGUAUAUGGUGAUUUAUACACUGAAACUGAUAUUAUUGUAAAAUCAGUAGAGUAUAUCAUCAAUGGAUUGACACCUGACUUUGAUUUUAGUCAAAAAUG